CGGCCCGCUCCCCGGCUGCGGGCUCCGCGCGGCGGCUGGCUCCGUGCACGGCGCGGCUGGCGCUGCGCUCCGCCCCGGCUGCAUUGCUGUGCUCCCGGUGCCUAGGGGAGGCACGCGCCGUGUGUGCCACGCAGCCGGCCGCCUGGAGGCAGCGCAGUCCUCUGGCAUGGGUCCCGGGGGCGCCCCGAGCCGGGGCUCCGGGUUGAGGCGCUGAAAGACGCCCUCCCGCCCGCGGGGCCCGGCGCCCGGCCCGCCCGCCCGCGGCCAUGGCCGUCCGGCCCGGCCUGUGGCCAGCGCUCCUGGGCAUAGUCCUUGCCGCCUGGCUCCGCGGUUCAGGUGCCCAACAGAGUGCCACAGUGGCCAACCCGGUGCCUGGUGCCAACCCUGACCUGCUUCCCCACUUCCUGGUGGAACCUGGGGAUGUGUACAUCGUCAAGAACAAGCCAGUGCUGCUGGUGUGCAAGGCCAUGCCAGCCACACAGAUCUUCUUCAAGUGCAACGGGGAGUGGGUGCGCCAGGUGGACCACGUGAUUGAACGCAGCACAGACAGGAGCAGCGGACUGCCAGCCAUGGAAGUCCGCAUCAAUGUCUCAAGGCAGCAGGUGGAGAAGGUGUUUGGGCUGGAGGAAUACUGGUGCCAGUGUGUGGCAUGGAGCUCCUCGGGCACUACCAAGAGUCAGAAGGCCUAUAUCCGAAUCGCCUAUUUGCGCAAGAACUUUGAGCAGGAGCCACUGGCCAAGGAAGUGUCUCUGGAACAAGGCAUCAUACUACCCUGCCGCCCACCAGAGGGCAUACCCCCAGCUGAGGUGGAGUGGCUCCGGAAUGAGGACCUAGUGGACCCAUCUCUGGACCCCAAUGUGUACAUCACACGGGAGCACAGCCUGGUGGUGCGACAGGCCCGCCUGGCUGACACAGCCAACUACACCUGCGUGGCCAAGAACAUCGUGGCACGUCGCCGCAGCUCCUCUGCUGCUGUCAUCGUUUAUGUGAACGGUGGGUGGUCGACGUGGACCGAGUGGUCCGUCUGCAGCGCCAGCUGUGGGCGCGGCUGGCAGAAACGGAGCCGAAGCUGCACCAACCCGGCGCCUCUCAACGGGGGCGCCUUCUGUGAGGGGCAGAAUGUCCAGAAAACAGCCUGCGCCACCCUGUGCCCAGUGGAUGGCAGCUGGAGCUCGUGGAGCAAGUGGUCAGCCUGUGGGCUCGACUGCACCCACUGGCGGAGCCGCGAGUGCUCUGAUCCAGCACCCCGCAACGGGGGUGAGGAGUGCCAGGGUGCUGACCUGGACACCCGCAACUGUACCAGCGACCUUUGUGUGCACACUGCAUCUGGCCCCGAGGACGUGGCCCUCUACGUGGGCCUCAUCGCUGUGGCUGUGUGCCUUGUCCUGCUGCUUCUAGUUCUCAUCCUCGUGUAUUGCCGGAAGAAGGAGGGGCUGGAUUCCGAUGUGGCCGACUCAUCCAUUCUCACCUCAGGCUUCCAGCCUGUCAGCAUCAAGCCCAGCAAAGUGGAUAAUCCUCAUCUGCUCACCAUUCAGCCAGACCUCAGCACCACCACCACCACCUACCAGGGCAGUCUGUGUCCCCGGCAGGAUGGGCCCAGCCCCAAGUUCCAGCUUACCAAUGGGCACCUGCUUAGUCCACUUGGUGGUGGCCGCCACACACUGCACCAUAGCUCGCCCACCUCGGAGGCCGAGGACUUUGUCUCCCGCCUCUCCACCCAGAACUACUUCCGUUCCCUCCCCCGAGGCACCAGCAACAUGGCCUAUGGGACCUUCAACUUCCUCGGGGGCCGGCUGAUGAUCCCUAAUACAGGAAUCAGCCUUCUCAUUCCCCCAGAUGCCAUACCCCGAGGGAAGAUCUACGAGAUCUACCUCACUCUGCACAAGCCAGAAGAUGUGAGGUUGCCCCUAGCCGGCUGUCAGACCCUGUUGAGUCCCAUCGUUAGCUGUGGGCCACCUGGAGUCCUGCUCACCCGGCCUGUCAUCCUCGCCAUGGACCAUUGUGGGGAGCCCAGCCCUGAGAGCUGGAGCCUGCGCCUCAAAAAGCAGUCAUGCGAAGGCAGCUGGGAGGACGUGCUGCACCUGGGUGAGGAGGCACCCUCCCACCUCUACUAUUGCCAGCUGGAGGCUGGUGCCUGCUAUGUCUUCACCGAGCAGCUGGGCCGCUUCGCCCUGGUGGGAGAGGCCCUCAGUGUGGCCGCAGCCAAGCGCCUCAAGCUGCUUCUGUUUGCCCCUCUGGCCUGCACCUCCCUCGAGUAUAACAUCCGAGUCUACUGCCUGCAUGAUACCCAUGAUGCACUCAAGGAGGUGGUGCAGCUGGAGAAGCAGCUGGGGGGACAGCUGAUCCAGGAACCUCGCAUCCUGCACUUCAAGGACAGUUAUCACAACCUGCGCCUGUCCAUCCACGAUGUGCCCAGCUCCCUAUGGAAGAGCAAGCUCCUUGUCAGUUACCAGGAGAUCCCCUUCUAUCACAUCUGGAAUGGCACACAGCAGUACCUGCACUGCACCUUUACCCUGGAGCGUGUCAGCCCCAGCACUAGUGACCUGGCCUGCAAGGUGUGGGUGUGGCAGGUGGAAGGUGAUGGGCAGAGCUUCAACAUCAACUUCAACAUCACUAAGGACACAAGGUUUGCUGAGCUGUUGGCUCUGGAGAGUGAAGGGGGGGUCCCAGCCCUGGUGGGCCCCAGUGCCUUCAAGAUCCCCUUCCUCAUUCGGCAGAAGAUCAUUUCCAGCCUGGACCCACCCUGUAGCCGGGGUGCUGACUGGCGGACUCUGGCCCAGAAACUCCACCUGGACAGCCAUCUCAGCUUCUUUGCCUCCAAGCCCAGCCCUACGGCCAUGAUCCUCAACCUGUGGGAGGCUCGGCACUUCCCCAACGGCAACCUCAGCCAGCUGGCUGCAGCUGUGGCCGGACUGGGCCAGCCCGAUGCUGGCCUCUUCACAGUGUCAGAAGCCGAGUGCUGAGGCCAGCCAGGCCAAACGCCUACACUCUCACCAGCUUUGGCACCCGCCAGGGACAGGCAGAAGCCAGACAGGGGCCCUUCCCCCAAACUGGGAAGAGCUGCUUGGACAGGCCCCAUCCGGCUGAAGUUGUCCCUUAACACUGGUCCUUCAGACCCUGCCCAACACCCACCCCUCCAUGGCCUGCCUGACCAGGCUGGCAGUGCCACCUGUUCACACUCUGCUCCAGCGCCCAGGGCAGACAGUGCCUGGAGCCUGGGCCAGGCCCAGCCCAUCUGUAUGUGUGUAUGUGUGUGUGAUGCUACCUCUCCUCCUGCCCCCACCAGGGCCCCGCAUACACACAGGCAUGCAUGCACACACUGGGCUUAGGACAUGGGCCCCAGAGCUCUUGCCUGAGGUGGACCUUAUGCAAACAUUUUUGUGCCUGCUGGGUAGGGCACAUCUGAGGGGCCUGGCUCCAAGUCUGCAGGGCCAAGGGCCACAGCCGGACAGGGGGUGGCCCCUGGAUUCAGGCACAUGACCACCACACGAGCAUACGCCCAUACAUGUCUCGUGUGCUCAUCUCACAUGCAUCCCCCUUCCGGGUCAUGCAGACACCCCACCACUACCACAUACACAUCUCAUGCUGUACACCUGGAGGCUGCUCACGUCUCUCACGCCCGGUGUCGGUGCACAUCUGCCUCUCACAUGCUGCCCUCUCCCACCCACCCAGGGACACCCAAUGGCUCCUUCCUGACCUUCCCCUCUUCCCCUAUCCUCGAGGUGCCCUGCCCGGCGGGGCGUGUGAAUAUGCAAUGGGAGUCUUGGGCUGUACAAUGGCGAGUGUGUGUGCUGUGGCAUGCCCGUUCCUGAGGCUGGCUGGUGCCCCUGUGCAGGGCCUGUCAUGUGAAGCUCGUGUCCUGACUCUGUCUUAAGUGCAUUCACGCACUUACACUUGGCCUUAUGUACACAGCCUUGCCCGGCCGCCGGGGCACGUAGGGAUUUUAUCGGACGUGAAUGUAAAUAAAUUAUAUAUAUAUAUUGCUAA